CUUCAGAUAUAUAUGCACUCACCGCCGAGCAGGAGUUCGCUCUAUCAAUCACCCAAAAUGCGCGGAGGCUUUUUGCUGUUGCUGCUUUGUCAGCUGUCUUCAUACACUUUGGUGACACCCGGGGAAGCGAUCUCAGGGCAACGCUGCUCCAACCCUGGUCCUUUGUUAAAUGGCAAGAUUCACAUUGAUGACAACUUGUUCCAGAGCAUCAUCAACUACGCCUGCAAUGAAGGAUACAUCCUCCAUGGAGCCAUCACCAGUGAAUGCUUACAUGAUGGUACCUGGAGCAAUCCACUGCCAGUGUGUGAACCGGUAGUUUGUGGCCUGCCUAAAAACCCCAAAUAUGCUAGGUUAAGCUAUUCCAGUAGCUUGUUUGGAGACAGUGUGACGUAUGAAUGCUUCCCGCCAUUGGUCCUUUUCGGCAAUGAGGUCGGGUUCUGCAGGCCCGAUGGGAGCUGGACCGAGCCUCCAGAAUGUCGGCUCGUGACAUGUCAACCCCCGUCAGCUAUACCAAACGGAUUCCUUAUAGUCGCUGCAAUUCGGGAACAUGGCUACACAGAGGAAGUCAGAUAUGGAUGCUAUGCAAACUAUGUUCUGGAUGGUCCCAAGGAGGUUGAGUGUCAAAAAUCAGGAUAUUGGUCAAGCAAGCCUGUGUGUCGAGCUCCCUGUACCGUUGGAAUUAAGAGAGGACGGAUCUUCUACAACAACCGAAAAAUAUGGAUUGAGGACUUCAAGCCCAAUAGAGUCCUGCACUCUGAGCGUUUGGCAGUCUAUUGCAAAAACAGGGAAAAGGACUGUGGAUAUCCUGUGGUCACCCAGUGCAUCGAUGGAGAACUGACGAUCCCCGCGUGCUAUGACGAACCUUCUGCAUUUCGAUAUACAAUGUUUGACAGCUCGCUUCCAUCAGAGAUAAGAACGUGCUGAUCGAUUUCACCAAAUGAAGCAUCAAUUGAAGGAUAUCAAUGUUGCUGUAACAUCAGUUUGAAAAAUGGAUUCAAGUACUUAUUCUAUUGAGCAAAUAUAAUUGAUCAAUUUAUUCUCAGUUACUGAAUGUAAUGUUUACAACAUACUUUGAUUAGUAUUGUAGUACUUCCAUUGUAUUAAAAGCAUUGAUUGUACACAUUGCCUCAAUUUGAUGUCAAAUAAAAUAUGUUUUUUGGUGUGACUAUCA